CAACAACAACAACCACCAUGUCGAGCUUCAACCCGCACGACCACCUGCUCAAGCAGGGCUGGAAGGGCAAGGGGACUGCCCUCAAGGACGGGCACAUCACCCGCCCGCUGGCGACGGUGCAGAAGAAGUCGAUGGGCGGGAUAGGCAAGGACCGGGACGAGGCCGUGCCGUUCUGGGACCACAUCUUUGCCGCGACCGCCGCGUCCAUCGCCUCGUCCUCCACCUCCCCAGCAACCUCGGGCGCCAACACCCCCACGACGUCGAGCACGCCGACACUGUCCAUCGCUGCGAGGUCAGGCCGGGAGAUCGCCAAGCGGCAGCUGUACUCGUCCUUCUUCCGCGGCAGCGCCGACAGCUCGCCGAAGCCGAGCGAGCCGGAGCCGGCGGCAGAGGCAGCGCCAAAGGCGGCGCCGGUGUCCAGGACAAAACCGCUGCGAUCGCAGCUGUGGGGCGCGGCGCCCGCGAAGGCCAAGGCAGAGAGCUCGACUAGCACAAGCAAGGACGCGCCCGAGAGCAAGGAGGACCGUCGGGUGCGCAAAGAGGCCAAGCGCCAGGCCCGCGCCGAGAAGGCAGCGCGCAAGCUCGCUGCUUCCGCCGCGCGGGACGCAGAGAAGGCGGACAAGGUCGCGCGCCGCGCGGCACGGGCACAGCGCAAGAAGCUCAAGGAGGACGGGAGGGACGCGCGCCGCGCCGAGCGGGCGGCGAGGCGCGCGGCGAAGGCUUAGAGGGGGC